AUGAAGCUAAACUCCGCAAAGUAUGUUUUUGGGGUUGAAUCGAAAAAGUUCCUUGGGUUCCAAGUCAGUCAGCGAGGCAUCGAGGCCAACCCCGACAAGAUCAAAGCACUCCUUGACAUGAGUUCACCUCGGACCAUCAAGGAAAUACAAUGCCUCACGGCAAGAGUCGCCGCACUCGGACGUUUCAUAUCCAGAGUGACAGACAAAUGCCUCCCCUUCAUUCAACAAUUAAAGGGUCAUAAGAAGGCAGAGUGGACAUUAGAAUGCAAGCAAGUCUUCCAGCAGCGAAGCAGUACCUGGGUUCACCCCCUCCUAUCUAAGCCUGAAGAAGGUGAGCCCCUAUUCUUGUACCUCACGGUCUCGGCCUCGGUUGUCAGCUUGGCCCUGAUCAGAGAAUUCAGAAACAAGCAAUACCCUGUAUAUUAUGUGAGCAAGGCGAUGGUACCUGUGGAAAUAAGAUAUCCGUCCUUGGAGAAAUUAGCACUCAGCCUUGUUGUUUCAGCCCGGAGGUUGCGUCCGUACUUCCAGGCUCAUUCUAUCGUUGUAUUGACCGACUCUCCUCUAAGACAAGUUCUCCAGAGACCUGAGGUUUCAGGACUGAUGACCAAGUGGGCCAUUGAGCUCGGAGAGUUCGACAUCCAAUUUUGCUCAAGGACAGCAAUUAAGGGCCAAGCUGUGGCAAACUUUAUUGCCGAGUUCACAACUACGAAUGCAGAUGAGAUCGGCACCGAAGUUGAGAUGACCCCGCCUGUCUCCCUAGGUGACCAAAAGGCAAUAUUGGAUAAGGGAUGGGUCCUCCAUGUUGAUGGGUCAUCCAAUGUCAAAGGAGUUGGAGCCGGAAUCAUCUUGGUCGCUUUCAAUUCUACGAUUAUCCAAUAUGCGAUCAGAUUCGAGUUCAAAGCCUUGAACAAUGAGGCAGAGUAUGAAGCCUUACUAGCCGGACUCAUGUUGGCGGCAAGUUUAGGCGUUCAGUCUCUUCAGGUCCGAUGCGAUUCGCAGCUGGUGGUAAACCACAUUUUCACUAAGUAUGAAGCCAAAGAGACAAGGAUGAUCUCUUAUCUCGAUGAGAUCCCAAGGGUGGAGAACUCAUGGGCCGACACCCUUGCGAGGCUCGCCUCGGCCGCGGAAGGGAAGAUCCCGCGAUUCAUCCUCGUUGAAUUCAUAGAACAUCCAAGCAUUGGCCAGUCAGAAAGAGUCAAUCCAGUGCACAUUACUCUGAGCUGGAUGGACCCGAUCUUCAACUAUCUCACGUCUGGUGAAAUCCCUCCGGAUAAAUUGGAGGCGAGACGACUGAGAGUAAGAGCGGCUCGAUACGUCGUCCUGGACGGCAUCUUAUACAAGAAGGGGCAUUCCCAGCCUUACCUCAGGUGCCUUCAACCGGAUGAAGCUGAUUACGUGAUUCGGGAGAUUUACGAAGGAAUAUGCGGGAACCAUUCUGGUGGUCGAGCUCUAGCCCUAAAGAUACUUCGUCAAGGAUAUUUCUGGCCGACUCUCAAGCAAGACUCGAAGGACUAUGUACAAAAAUGUGAUAAAUGUCAACGUUAUGCGGCUGUGCCGAGGCAACUAGCGAAAGAAAUGACCCCCAUGAACGGACCGUGGCCAUUCGCCCAGUGGGGGAUCGACAUCAUCGGCCAUCUACCUACCGGGAAAGGGCAGGUCAAGUUCACCAUCAUCGCGGUCAACUACUUCACCAACUGGGCUGACGCUAAGCCUAUUGCAAAGAUCACCGAACAAAAAGUGAUUGACUUUGUCUGA